AUGGAAAACCAGCUAGAUAAUAUUCUUUCAUUUAACUCCUAUGAAGAGUAUAUAAAAACAAAAAUAACUCCAACUGAUUUAUUUUAUAUAGAAGAUGAAGAACUUAUAUUUGAGUUAUUUUCAUUAGGCAUAAAAAGCCGAGGGAUAUUAAGUUAUGAAGAUUUUCAUAGUACAUACAAAAAAGGGAAUAAAAAUGAAAAAAAGGCAAUAGAAGAAGGAAAUAAAGAAAGCAUAACAUAUGAUAUUAAUUUGUUACAUAGUAAUGUAAAAGAUUUUUUUUAUAUGAUAGAUUAUCAUUUGCAUUUUUGUCGGAAAAAAAAAAUUAGCACUAUUUUGUUUAUUCGCUAUUUGAAUAAACAGAAAUAUGAAAUUAGCUCUUAUAUAGAUAUUAAUAAUACUAAAAUUCAGGAAAAAAUAAAUAAAAAAAAAUAUAUAUAUGCAAGUAAAAAGGAUUUGUCUUAUUACAAUUGGCAUAAUAAUUAUAUAUGUACAAAUGAUAGUGAAAACUUUAAAGUUGUAAUUAAUAAAAAAAUAGGAUUUAUAUUUAACCAUAUCGAUACAAAUAAAUAUUUUAUUCUUAAUUCUAAUAAAGAAACAAUAAUGAAAUUAAAUGACAACAUUUCUAAAGACGUUACUAAAAAAAUAAAUAUCAAUGAAAAAGAGCAUGCAAUAAAGCUAUAUCAAGAUGUUAAAAGCGUCGAGCUUAAGGUUCCAAAUUAUUUACAGUGUAUCCUGUACACAAUCCAUUUAUAA